AUGAAUAAAAUAAUAACAACGAUAGUGGAACACGAUAUUGGAAAAAAAGAAAGAGAUUACACUAGGAUUUUUAUCUCCGUAUGUCGACGGCGGCGCGAUAACGACAUUUCGGUGUGGCGCGCAAACGUUCCCCUUUCGGCUAAUAAAAAUUCUGAAACUUUAAAUGUCCUGGUUGAUCACCUCUUCCAGGACUUGACAAUCCAAUGCCAAUCUACCUCAGUUAAACGAAUUGGCCCAGUGGGAUCCCGUACUCGUCCUAUUGUUGUUCAGCUCAACUCCCCAACAGAUGUCCAUAUGGUCCUUAAGUCUAAACGGAAACAACGGAAUCUUGAGCGUUGGAAAAAUGUAUGGAUUCACGAAGAUCUUACUCUCAUGCAACGGAAGCAGCUGUCUGGUCUCCGAUCUGAACUUAAGAGUCUUUAUGACAGUGGUGACCAUGGCUGGGUUAUAAGAAACUCUUAUGGUUCUCCAAAACUGGUGCGAACUAAUCCUAGGCAAUCAACAACGGAAAAUACAAAAAACUAA